CCUAGCUCCCUCUCUUUGUCCAAACGGAGGCGACACUAUGGAACCCCUCUAUCAGGCCGGGUCCAUUCUCAUGAAGGUGAACACCUUACAGGGGAAGAAGAUGGUGGAGAGCGGCCUCCAAUCUGGAGACUUCUCGCUCCCCCAGCCGUGGCCCUCCUGCGUCCUGCCGCCAGCCGACCUGGAGAUCCUGCAGCAGAAGGUGGCCGGGGUGCAACGGGAGCUGGAGGACUUCAAGAAGGAGGCACUGAGGGCCAUCCAUGACCUGGAAGACGCCUUCGGCGAGAUGAACGGGGCGCUGGUACAGCAGGAGGAGCAGGCGGCCCGCGUGAAGCAGCGGCUGAGGGAGGAGGAGGACCGGGGCAUCGUGCGGAACAAGGUCCUCACCUUCCUGCUGCCCCGCGAGAAGCAGCUCCGGGAGCACUGCAGGCGGCUGGAGUGCCUGCUGCUGGGCCGGAGCUGCGAGGCACUGGGCAUCCCCGGGAAGAUCCAGGCCGACUGA